AUGGUGGAUGCGCUACUACAGCCGGCGCCGGCUGAGAGCCCCUCCGCAGAGAAUGGAGACGACGCAGAAGCCAACGAGGAGCGAUUGAGGCGCUUGUGCCAGUGCCUUGCCUCGCGAAGCCGCCUCCGCUCUGCCCUGAAUCCGACCUUGAGAGAUGUGCUCAUCUCCCAUUUGAAGAAGGCGGUCAGGGUGCAUGCCAAAAGACUGCUGCAGGAAAAUGGAGGGGGGACACAGGGAAGUGGCCUGGCUGUGAGCAUUCAGGAUGAGGAGGAAGCCGCUGAGGAGAACCCCGCGGCUUCCCCUCGCCAGGACCGGCAGGAUCCCGACGUGGAGAAGUCACCCGCGGCGGACACGGCUGAGGCGCCAGCGCAAAGCCCGAAGAGUGGCGAACCUGGAGGUGCAACUUCGGGCACGUCCGUUUCCACCGCGCUUUGCGGCCUGUCCUUUGAGUCUUUCCUGGAGUUCUGGCAGAAGCUCCUGGAGUUCAUACUGUCCACGGCCACCCGCAUGAGCGACUACUCACUGCGAAUCCACAGCGUCGCGCAGGAGGCUAACGCCCAGCACGGCCCUGAAGACAUCGCUGGGGAGCUGCAGCGGCUGCAGGAGGUUACAGUUCUGCAAGCCUACAAGAUUGCGAGCGCGUUGUUGCAGGCCAGAAAAGCUGAGCACCAAGGGCUGAAAAUGGCCGAUUGGAAAGUUUUCUUGGCCUCUACGCAGACCAUGCUCGAACAGGUGCAGAAGACGCAGCACCACUGUUAUCAAAAGAUGAAGCUCGGUGAUGGCGCUGGAUCGGUGGAUGUCCAUGCUGGUCUGCGGGCCACGAUGAACACCCAGACGAAGAGCAUCAUCGAGGAGUUUCACCAGAAGUGCUUGCUGCAAACGAAGCAGGUGCUCGAGCAGGAGCGAUGGGCGCGAACGGAUGUGCCCGCGCAGUACCGCCGGAUCGUACACCGCCUGCUUGGGGCGGAAGACCUGUCGGCUGAGCAGGGCGAAGGCAGUCCCGAAGCGGAGGAGGGCCUGACCCCUGUGUCGGUCGAAAGGUACCUGCACGUGGAGGGCACUCACUACUUGGUCGUCCCCGCGGUGCUGACGCUGGUUCAACUUCUAGGUGACUACGUCGGCCUCUGUCAUGAUUUCAGCGAGAUGAUGGCGGAGGUCGUGCAGCGAAUGUGCCAGCUCCUGCGGCUCUUCAACCAGCGGGCACAGCGUUUGGUCCUGAACGGCCAAGCUGUGCAGCACAAGGUGCUGCCGAAGAUCACGGCAGCCAACCUGGCUCUCUGCAGCCAGAGCUGCGGCGUCGUUGCGCAACUUCUGCCGCUCCUCCAAGCUCGCCUCAACGAGAUCUCGCGCGGCACCCACGACAAGGCGCGAGGAGCCAUGGUUGCUGCCCUGCUCAGCGACCUUUCCAAGAUCGCCUCAGAGUUCUCCGAACACCGGACGGCCCUCUUUGGGAAGCUCAGCGAUCUUCUCAAAAACGCCUACGAGAAGCACGCCAAGCAAUGGCUUGGCGCACCCCACGGCCAACAGGGCGACGGGAGUCUUUGGAAGGGCGAUGAUGCCGUCGUAAAGCUGCAGCGGAGCGAGUCCAGUCUCAGGGAGCACGAAGCCCUGGAAGGCCUGGUCAAGGACAUCACUGCCAUGUACCGCGUGCUGCUCCGCAAUCUCAACUACGAUAGCGUGAGGAAGAUCUUCGCGCGCGCUUUCGAGGAUAUGGCGUCCUUGUUUCUGCAGAGGUUAGAGCAAGAGAUUGCAGCCCCUUCACCGCCCUACUCGGAUGGUGUGGGCUGCUCCUUGGGCGAUCGGCUGCUGCUAGACUUUGCCUACCUCAACACCGAGCUGGAGAAGCUCACAGGAAUCACAACCCCACUCGAGCGGCUUGUGUGCGAUUUGAUCCAACAUCUUCUGACAAAGCUUCCAGAGGAUGCGCUGAGAAAGCCACAUCCGAUAGUGCUCGAGGUUCUUCGGAGCGCAGGGCGCCUGCCGAAAUAG